CUCGACCCGGGUGAAUAUAAAUAUAGCUCUGAGACCAGCCUCCACUACAACUCGACGAGCAUGAUCAAGUCAGUUUUCAGCAUUGGACCUUUAGUUCAACAAGGUGUUCUCAUCCAUGUCCUCUCCGCCCACCGUCACUGUCACCGAGCAGGCGCCGAUGGAGCCAGCCAUCCCGCUCUACCCCCCGGCUCAGACAUGUGCAGCCGCUCCGGCCUACGUACCGGUACAUCUCCGAGCCCCAGACCAAGUGCGCGCCCCCGCUGAAACCCCAGCAUGGCGCACGCAACAGAAGAAGCCCGAGCAGCCGCCGCCUUCGCAGCCACCACCCACGACAACGCCCUUCGUGUUCCUGAGCAGCCAGCAGGACCUGUACUUGGACAAGCACGGCAAGCGAAUCAGCAACAACACCAUCCUAAACAAGGUCAACGGCGCUCUGGCCGAGUGCAAGUUUGGGGACAUAAACAGCAUUCGUGUGCGCGCCGUCCGCCGUGCCCGCCCGGACUUCCGGUACCAUAGCAGAUAUCACAUGCCCAGAAGGAUUGUGCUCGAGAUGGCGAGCUGGGAGGACCGUGCUGCCCUGUACAGUAAGGUAGGCCAGCGCGAGUGGGUAGCCAGACUUGAGCGGCAGCAGCCCCUCGGGGCGUAUAUCGAGGCCAACGAGCCUCUCUACCGUCCGGGCAGACCCUAGCCUGCAGGUGAUCCGCUUCUACUUCUUAGGUAGAGCUAAUGGGGUUAUGAUUGUCCCUUUGCGUUUGUACGUUUACUCUGAUUCCUUUGAAUGAUUAUCGCGGCGGCGUACCCAAUCAGGUCGCCUCAAACAAGACCUGGCUGGGUACGUCGCAUAAACCUCAUCCUGUUUUCCAUGUUCUAUAGUAUAGUAGUGAGUGUCUCGUGAGUUCUCGUCUCUACUUACCUGAUACGAGGGCUGCUCCUUUUAUGAGGAUUGUAUCUGAUCUUGGUGCCACCCCUUGUAUGCUUUGCUGACUUAUUGCAUAUUUUCAGUUGAAACAGCUGUUGUGUGUCUCAGUCAGCACCGCGUACCAGGAAAUGACUUGCGCGACAUGGCAGUUUUCCUAAGACCAUCGAUACAGGCUAGUCAGGCUAUGUAAGCAAAGCAGGUAAUAAUUGU